AUGCUCACCAACGAGAGUAAUCCGACCAGAGCCUACAAGAAUGAAGAUAACAUUUCGUACGGGCAGUUCCUUACCACCUUUCCGGCCAUCCACAAUGCCAGCAUGGAUCGCGGAUCCGCAGAUGAAACUGUCUCCACGGUAAAAUCCCGUACCGAUGACAAGCGGUCGGUAGUUUACUUCGAGAGGUCCAACAAUGUGCGGAUUCAAGAUCUGCACGUCGCCGCACUUCGCUGGACACCGGAAGGCGAAUGA